GUGUGUGUGUGUGUGUCAAUAAGUCAUGGGACUACUAUCCAGUGGAUGUUUAUAUCACUGUUUUUAUUGGAAACCUUAAAAAGUGUUCCUUCAUCUCAAAUACCUGAGUUUAAACGGUAGGCUACAACGUGUAGCUUAAACAUGAUAAAAGGGAUAUCAAGGUGUGUGUGUGUGUGUGUGUGUGUGUGUGUGUGUGUGUGUGUGUGUGUGUGUGUGUGUGUGUGUGUGUGUGUGUGUGUGUGUGUGUGUGUGUGUGUGUGUGUGUGUGAGAGAGCGAGGGAGGGAGAGAGAGGGAAGGAGGCAGAAAGCUCACACAUUGCAGUUUCCAGCGGUUAUUCUAAUUGGUUUCUCAGGGUGGGGGGGAGGGAGGGAGACCAGCACCAACUGCAUUCACGAGCUCAGCCCAGCAGCGCACACCCCUUCUCAUAGGCACCGGCGAUGCAUCCCCGAGGCGAAGGCACCGCGACCAGCUGCUGUUCGCCGCCCGAGUCCCGGUAGGAUGGUGCAGAAAGCGGUGAACGGCGGCGGGGUCUACCCGGACCAGGCCGGGGGGGAGAAAUCGAGGCACAAAGUGGGCUUCGUCGGUCUGGACCCCGGGGCUCCGGAGUCGAACCGGGACGGAGCGCUGCUCAUCGAGGACGCGAAGAGGGGCAGCAUCCUCUCCAGACCACGGGCCAGCGUCUCCGGGGGGAGACCCAGACCCAGGCCGUCCAAGAAGAACGCCAGCUAUCGGAAACUCCAGAAUUUCUUGUACCAAGCGCUGGAGAGACCGCGGGGAUGGGCCUUCAUCUACCACGCUUAUGUCUUCCUCUUGGUCUUUUCCUGCCUUAUACUGUCCGUCUUUGCCACCAUCAGAGACUUCAAAAAUAGCUCAGAGAGUGCCUUGUACAUCCUGGAACUCGUGACCAUCGUGGUGUUUGGGGUGGAGUAUAUCGUCAGGAUCUGGGCCGCAGGAUGCUGCUGUCGCUACCGCGGCUGGAGCGGGAGGCUCAAGUUCGCAAGGAAGCCCUUUUGUGUGAUCGACAUCAUGGUGCUGAUCGCCUCCGUGUCAGUGCUGGCGGCCGGUUCCCAAGGCAACGUGUUCGCCACCUCCGCCAUCCGAAGUCUCCGCUUCCUGCAGAUCCUUCGGAUGCUGCGUAUGGACCGGCGCGGAGGCACCUGGAAGCUGCUGGGGUCCGUGGUCUACGCUCACAGCAAGGAGCUCAUUACCGCCUGGUACAUCGGCUUCCUGUGUCUCAUCCUGGCAUCUUUCCUGGUCUACUCAGUGGAAAAGGAAUCCAAUGAUGAAUUCGAGACCUAUGCUGACGCCCUUUGGUGGGGACUGAUCACGCUGACCACCAUCGGCUACGGGGACAAAGUACCCAAGACCUGGAACGGCCGCCUGCUGGCCGCCACCUUCAGCAUGAUCGGCGUGGCGUUCUUCGCCCUCCCCGCGGGUAUCCUUGGCUCUGGCUUUGCCCUGAAGGUCCAGGAGCAGCACAGGCAGAAGCACUUUGAGAAGAGACGCGACCCUGCGGCGGGCCUCAUACAGGCCUCCUGGAGAUUUUACUCCACCAACCUCUCCAGAACGGACCUCCUCUGCACCUGGGAGUUCUUUGAGCAGACCGUAGCCGUGCCAAUGUACAGACUCAUCCCUCCUCUGAAUCAGCUGGACCUCCUGAGGAAUCUGAAAGGCAAGACAUUCAGGAAGGACUCCCAGUCCCAGCCAGAUGCCUCUCCCAGUCGAAAGGCCAGCUUGAAGGAGAAGGCGUUCUCCAGCCCGACCAAGACCCCCCCAGGCAAGGCCGGAGCGCCGUCCCCGGGGGCGGAGGACGGGGCGGAGGCCAGUCCCAGCAAGGUCGGGAAGAGCUGGAGCUUCGCCGACAAGAACCGCGCGCCCAAGCACUCGUUCCGCGUGCGAGGCAGCGCCUCCCGCCAGAACUCAGAGGCAAUUGAAGGUUUAAUAAGUAAGACAUUGGCGUACUUCUUUGUCUGGCUUCUAUCGGUAUAUGAACAGGCAACAAGCAACCUUGACUGGUGCAGGAAACAUGCAUGAAAAGUACUGGUUUGUGGACCGCUUGA